AGAACUUUAGCAAUUUUCUCCGUGGCGUGAAAUAUUUCAUUCUGAAGGCCUGUGUUGUCUAUCCUUAUCACUCCUAGAUGAGGCUCUACAAAAGAACAAACUCUGAGAUGGGAUCUGCCUUCGUGCAAAGUAUAAAACCCGAGCGAUGUUUGGGAAUGGAGCCCACGAAGGACCAAGAACACAAGUAAUUAUUUGUCCCCCCCAAAUAGAGGAGCCCAUAUUUUCAAAUAUUCCAAAGGAACCCCCAAAUCAGCCUACUGAAUUGGAAAGAGUAUCCUCUAAUUGAAGAUCAUUCACACAAACUCGAUAUUGAGUCCAACCUAUAAUCCACGUAGCCCCAUGGCAAUUUACUGGGUAGUAUCUUAUAAAUAGAUUAUACGCUUUGGGUAUCUUCUGAGUAGUUGAAAAAUAUAGCUAAAUUAUCAAACACAACGUUUCACUAGCUCUGUUCAGUACUUUUUUUCUCCCCGAUUAAAAGUGUCUCAGCAACUUCAGCCUUUUAAAAUCCACCCCUACCUCCGCACUCAUCUAAAUUAUUCUGGCUACGUAAGUCUUCACUUCCGGCAGUGAAAUACUGUAACAUUUGGUAAGGUAAUUCACUUUGGCCGGGCAUUCUCACUGAACUUAUGGUGAAACAGUUUCACUUUUUACCAGCGUACAAGUAGAAAAGGCUUCUUUCUAAAGGUAGACUUUUGCUGUAUGGGAAGAUCGGGGGGCGGGGAAGGACCGUGCAUUUCAACUCAUUCUUCUCCCUCCGACCUCUGUUAACUGUUUUAAAGGUUCUGGCUACCAGGCGACCUAACACCCCUAUGAGGUACUUCGACCUAAAGCAGUUCGCUGAAACUCCUACUAACAGCAGGGCUGGGAACAUUUCUAUUGCUCUUCUUGCCUGGGAUAUACGGUACAAGGGUUGGCCGUGGUUUGGUCCACCUGCCAGCGGAGUUUAAAGUUUCCAAGGCUCAGAAGAACACAAUGACUGGGACCAAACUGCCUACAUGAGAAGAAGGGAAUUUCUGCUGCAAGGAGAAAGCCGUUAAACUCCCGCUAAGCUAACCACCUCUUUCACGCGGCCAUGCACACCACCGACCUCCUCUUUCACUGACCAGGGAUUAUUUCUGCCAAUCCAGGAUAUUCCGAAAGCCUGGAGACAUAUGGCUGGAAAAUGAAACGACCCCGGAGUGUGGCCACAUCUUACUUUGUGUCGCGUGGUACCAGAUGGGCAAUCAGUGAAUGAGGCAGAGAUGUGAACGGACAGUUUUAUCAUGUGAAUUUUCCCCCCAUAACGCCAAAAACCAGACUUCGUUUUCCCUCUCACUUCUUUGGGCUUGUAAUACUCGGAUUUUCUCCUCUCUGCAAUAUCAAUUGACUCAACUUUGCAGUGGGGUGGCCAAAAGGGAAGAGGAUGAAGCGAUCUCUAAAAUCUUAGUAAGUGUCGGGGGAGCCACGGCACCCGGGAAACUGCGGCUGCGACCCGCCUCGUCCUGUGCGGAUUUCAGGGUUGGUACAGCGCAAGCGGUUAUGGAGCGGACGGUGCACUCCAUCCGCCGCCGAGGAUAGAGACCCGGGCGCCGGGAGGGGUCGGUUCAUUUCGCCGCAGCCUCGGAAGCCGCGGCCGCCUCUCCUCCGCUGCGUUUCAUUACCAUUAUCUUCGUUCUUGAAAAGUCAUGGAAGACGGCCCGCUGCCAGACCUCAGAGACAUCGAGCUGAAGCUAGGGCGCAAAGUACCCGAGAGCCUAGUGCGCUCGCUCCGUGGGGAGGAGCCGGUUCCCCUGGAAAGGGACAGGGACCCCUGCGGGGGGAGCGGCGGCGGCGGCGGCUGCAGUAGCAGCAGCAGCAGCAGCUGCAGCCUCCCCCCCUCCCUGUCGUCGUCCUCCUCGUCCUCUCCAACCUCUGGCUCCCCACGUCGUAGCCACUGCAGCGCCCUGGAGAGGCUGGAAACCAAGCUGCACUUCCUCAGGCGAGAGAUGGUUAACCUCAGAGCCACAGAUGUGAGGCUCAUGCGCCAGUUGCUUGUUAUCAACGAGAGCAUUGAGUCCAUCAAGUGGAUGAUUGAAGAGAAGGCCACCAUUACCAGCCGAGGAAGCAGUCUCAGUGGCAGCCUGUGCAGUUUAUUGGAGAGUCAGAGCACCUCCUUACGUGGCAGCUACAAUAGCCUGCAUGAUGGCAGUGAUGGGCUGGAUGGCAUCUCCGUGGGGAGCUUUCUGGACACUCUGGCAGAUGAUGUCCCAGGCCAUCAGACCCCAUCAGACUUGGACCAAUUCAGUGACAGCUCCAUAAUAGAAGACUCACAAGCACUGCACAAGCACCCCAAACUGGAUUCUGAAUACUACUGCUUUGGCUAAUGACCCAGUUUUUUGCAUGGGAUUGGUGUGCAAUUAACUUGUAUUUAUCCUUCUUCUCCGCUGCUAUCUUUUUGGUGUGAUUUUAUAUAUAUAUAUAUAUAUAUA